CUGCGCUCAAAGCUCAAAACAACAGGACCAGGACAGGGGCGUGUCGAGCAAAUUUUUAGUUCUUGUUGAUGUUUACAAUUUACAUUUUGUGCUUGUGCAUAAUUUGGUUUGGAGGUUGGAGCCUGGAGGAUCUUAUUUCUUUAUAGAGCAGAAAGAAGACCGGGGUUAAAUCUUUUAUCGGAGAAAAAAAACUAAAAGCCAGGGCUGAAAAAUGGCACAUUACAAAGGCGCGGCGAGCGAGGCUGGCAGGGCAAUGCAGCUGAUGAAGAAGAGGGAACAAGCCCAGCAAGAAAUGGAGCUCAGGAAAAAGAAGCUAGAAGAGGAACUCAAAUUGUCCAACAUGGAAAACAAAUUUGCGACACACUACGACGCGGUCGAACAGCAGUUGAAGAGCUCGACCAUUGGUUUGGUCACUUUGGACGAGAUGAAAGCCAAACAAGAGGACAUUGUGAAGGCGCGAGAGAUGAAAAUGGCCCAGAAGCAGGCUGAGAAGGAACAAGAGCAGGAAAGACAACUGGAGGCAAAGAGAGAGGAAAAACGGAGACAAAAACAGCAGAUCCAAACUCUGUCCUUCAACUUAGAUGAGGAUGAGUGUGAAGACGAAGACGAGGAAGUUUGUCCGUCGCCGAAAGCAGAAAUAGAAAGCAAAGAGCAAAUCAAGCGAGAAAUAGAUUCAGAUGAAAACAGCUCGGAUAGCAAAGAGGAAGUGGCUGCAAAGAAGAUCAAGAAAAACCCUGACGUAGACACAAGUUUUUUGCCGGAUAGAGAGCGGGAAGAGGAGGAAAACAGAAUAAGGGAGCAGUUGAGACAAGAGUGGGUCGCGAAGCAGCAGUCGCUGAAAGAGGAGGAAAUUGAGAUCACAUUCAGUUACUGGGACGGUUCGGGCCACAGACGAACAGUCAACAUGAAGAAAGGUAAUUCAAUUUACCAGUUUUUGCAAAGGUGUCUCGAGAUGCUCAGGAAAGAGUUCAGUGAACUUAAAACAGUGACCGCAGACCAGCUGAUGUACGUCAAAGAAGAUCUCAUUCUUCCGCAGCAUUACACUUUUUAUGACUUCAUUGUAACCAAGGCCCGAGGCAAAAGCGGUCCCCUGUUUCAGUUCGACGUCCGGGACGACAUUAGAUUAGUGAGUGACGCGACCAUUGAAAAGGAGGAGAGCCAUGCCGGCAAAGUUCUCCUGAGAAAUUGGUAUGAGCGAAACAAGCACAUCUUCCCAGCAAGUCGCUGGGAGCCGUUUGACCCAACCAAGAGCUACGACAAGUACACAGUUAAUGACAGAAAUGCAAAAAAGUGAAUUUUAACAUAUCUGGAAAUGUGUAAAACCAAAUUACACCACUCUUUGGGGAUGUAAAAAUAAAAAAUAAAGGAAUUCCUUUGCAGGCAUAUUUUACUUA